AUGCCUAAAGAAGGAAGUCACCUGACUCAUUCGGUUCAUCACAAAGGCUCAAACAACUCAAGACGCUUGUAUGAGACUUUUGCGUCUGAGGAGGUUCUGCGCAAAUGUUUGAGGAAUGGGAGUGGAGAUGAAGAGCAUGCUGGCCUGUCGGCUGCUAAAGAAUAUUUCACACCGAGCAACAGCUAUUUUCACCGGUUCCUGAAUCGCUAUAGCCGAAUGCAGGAAGAUAAAGCCGAGUAUGAAGUUGAUGUGGAGGUGAAUCUGACAGACAGCAGAACACUGGACAACCUGAGGAACUUCCUGAGGACUGGCCAAUUUAUCCUGACUUUGGAUCCUUCAGUGAACAUCACACAGAUUGACCUAACCACAGUGUGCUACAUAAAUGGCACUAACAUUGAGUGCAGAUGCGAGGAUCAGUAUGCUUGGCCCAGUUCAAGCUGCUUCUUCUAUGGAGCCUGUGAUGAGAUCACUGACAGCACAUGUGGAUGCAUCAACAAAGUACCACUGGACGGGUCAUUCUGUCAGCCAAAGUCAGUUUCCGUUUACCAAUACCGUUUGGACAUUCAGAUCAACAUAAAGGACACAGAACAGUUGAGGAGCAACUUUGCAAACCUCACUUUCCCUCGUCAAAUCCGCUCUGACGUAAACAUUUCAGAUGCUGAUGUCACCACAGUUUGCAGUCCAGCUGAAUCAAACAUUCAGUGCAGAUGUGAGAGGAACUUCCUGUGGCCGUGUGACAAGUGCGCCACCUAUGGGAAAUGUGAUGAAGGCAGCGCGUGUGGAUGCAUUAAGGCUGUUCCUACAGAUGGACAGUUCUGUCAAUCAGAGCUGAACAAUCUUACGGUUUGUCCAUCUACAACACUUGUUCCAUCCCUAACAUCGUUAUCCACUGCUGUCACUGAAACAUUUUCAACUACACCAUUUGUGACCACAUCUGUAACAGCUCCACAAACUGCUAAUACAUACGUGAUUUCUCUUGAGCUGAACACCACAUUAUUGACAGCAAUCAACACGAUGAGAAGCAUUCUGGGAAACAUCAGUUACCCGCUCAGCAUCAAUGAAGACACUCAGAUCAAUCAGGCCAACAUUUCUACAGUUUGUUCUCCAAUCAGAGAUGGUUACCAGUGCAUUUGUGAGGACCAGUAUCGGUGGUCAUGUGACCAGUGUCUGAUGUAUGGAGUAUGUGACCAGAUCUCUGCAGACUCAUGUGGAUGCAUCAACGCCAUUCCUUCUGACAGAAACUUCUGCCAGUCUCUGGUUCAACACAAUUUUACAGUUUGUCCAACUACAACUCCUGGAACAUUUACAACAAAUUCUCCUACUGUUACCACUGAAACAUUUUCAACUACGCCAGAUGUGACCACAUCUGUUACGGGUACCUAAAGAAUAAAACCUUUAUUACUUCAAAGUUUUAAUGGAUGUCACAUAUUUCCAUUAAAACUUGAUUGACCCUCGGCUGAAACAUCUAACGUUUAUCUUAAAUAAUAUUUACU